AUAUUAUGUAAUAGUACAACACAUAGCAAUUGCAUUGUGUGCUCUGAAGUUUGAGAAGUUGACACCUAAUCUUUUUUGCAUGUUCAUCCCAAAUGCCAUCAAGCCACGCAUCUCUUCCCAUACCUCACCUCCAUUCUUUCUCUCUCUAGCUUUCUCUCUCUAACCCAACUAUAUAUUUUAGCCCUAAUCCUUUGUUCCCCUCUCCAUCAACAAACCCUAAUCUUGAUUCUCUCUCUAUCUUUGUUUUUUCUUUUUUACACUUACAAAAGAAGAAAAAUUUGCAUUUCAAGAUUCAAGAAAAUAUGAGCACUAUUUGUGCCGAGCAACACAAGCUUUUUAAUUCUUUCAAGAAAUCAUUCAAAGAUAAUCUUGAAAUUCCUCCGAGAAAACUCCUUUUUUCCAAGAAAACAUUUCAGGAAUCAUCUUCUCCUGAGUAUCAUAACAUGUUUGAAUCCAAUCUCCACAAAUUCCUCCCUCGUAAUGAUCAUAAAGGAUCAGAAUCUGAUGAUCAAGAUUUGUUAGAUCCGUACUCUUCCGAUCAGUUCCGGAUGUACGAGUUCAAGGUUCGCCGUUGCACUCGCAGCCGCAGCCAUGACUGGACCGACUGCCCUUUCGCGCAUCCUGGUGAAAAAGCUCGCCGAAGGGAUCCCCGGAAGUUUAACUAUGCUGGGACGGUCUGUCCUGAGUUUAGACGCGGUGGCUGUAGCCGUGGAGAUAGCUGUGAGUUCGCCCACGGAGUUUUCGAGUGCUGGCUGCAUCCUUCUCGCUACAGAACUGAAGCUUGUAAAGACGGUAAGAAUUGUAAGCGGAAAGUCUGCUUUUUCGCUCAUUCUCCACUUCAACUUCGUAUCCUGCCGGAGAUUUCUUGCGGAGCUAAUCUUAAAAAUAUUAAGCAUAGCCAUUGUUGCUGUUCAGCUUGUCAUUCUGUGAUUUCUUCUCCUACUUCUACUUUACUCGGCAUGUCUCACAUGUCGCCGCCGCUGUCUCCAUCUCAGUCGCUGUCACCUCCUUUAUCUCCGGUGAAGCAGCGGAGCGGAUUUUCGCCGAUUUCUCGAUAUAAUGAGCGUAUGAGUAAGCUUAGGUCUGGGAUUAUAAGCUACAAAGAUGUGUUAACUGAGCUAAUGAGUUCUUUAGAAGCCAUGAACGUCAAUGAAGCAGCUAAUAACAGAAAUAUUAACAGCGUUAUUCCUUGGAUUGAUAUUGCUUCUCUGAACGGAGACCAAGAUCAUCAGUUCAUUCUUUCACCGUCAACUCCGAACGGAAGUUUCUUCAGUGGUGAUUUUUCAAGAAUUAACAAUGGAGUUCUUAAUGAUAAUUUCAACGGCAAAAUUAAUUAUCAUGAAGGAGGUGGUUCUGUUAAUGCUGAUCCUGAUCUUGGAUGGGUUAAUGAUCUGUUAAUGUAGAGAAUUCAAUGAAGAUGGCUCGUUUUGAUGAUGAAGAAGAUGAUCGGAUGGUUGGGAUUUGUAUAUAUAUGGUGUUCUUGAUCACCAGCCAUAUAUAUAUAUAUGAGAGAAAUUUGUUGUAAAUUAUUGGGUAUUAUUGCUUUUAAUUUCUUGAUUUUUGUUAAAAUGUUGUGUUAAUUAAGUUGUGAAGAUUUUUAAUUUCAAAGUAUCGAGUUUUGUAUGUUAAUUUCUUGAAAUUCUCUUUCAAGAAAGUGAAAAGAAAGAGAAUUGCUAGUAGUAUGUUUAAAUGUUUAUUGAUGUAGCUGAAAUUAAUCAAAUGAAAUAAUUUUAAUUUUAA